UGUAUGAUAGUACAGUAAUGUCGGGGGACAAAAUCCCCCUCCGUCUUAAAAGCAAGGUUGUUUACUGUAACUAAUGUUUGGAAAUUCAACUCUCGUUGGAGUCUUCCCCUAUAUUCUAUUGGGCUGUUUCUACCCUAGUUUCGACCGCAACUAAAGUCAAAAUAUAUUACUUAUACAUAGGUUUACAGAAAACUGAAUAACAUUGGAAAUUGUUUGGGCUCGUCAAAAACGCGUUUUUGGAUCAGGGCAUCAGUGAGCUCCUGGACAGUCUGUGGCAUUACUUGGUGGUGUCGAAUUCUCCGAUAUAUAACGUCCCAGAGGUUCUGAGUUGGAUUCAGGUCUGGGGAACAUGAGGGCCAGUCAAUGGCAUCAAUGCCUUUGUCAUCCAGGAAAUGCCUACACAAUCUGGCCACCUGAGGCUGGGCAUUGUCCUACACCAGGAGGAACCCAGGGCCCACUGCACCAGCUUGUGUGUGUCCGGCAGCAGCAUAGUCAUGUGGACUCUUCAGACAGCCAAUAUGACAGACUGUAUCCAGGCCACAUACCCACCAACCCCAUUCAAAAAGUCCUACUGGCUGUGGGCUCCGGGGUGGCAGCCCUGCAAAACCCCUACAGACACGACAUGGUGGCAGUGUUGGGAGAGACUACAGGACACCAGGCCCUAACUGCGCUCCGGGACCGAAUGAAAGGAGACCCUGAGGGUUGUACUGUUCUAACAGAGCGACCACGCAUCCGGCUGUCCACUUUGGAUUUGUCCAAAAUGGCCUCCCUUCCAGAUAAAUCCUUCGGGAGAGAGUACCUGCGCUUCCUUGAGGAAAAUAGGGUGACUCCUGACUCGAGGGCGGAUGUGAAGUUUGUGGAUAAUGAAGAGCUGGCAUACGUCAUGCAGAGAUACAGAGAGGUUCAUGAUUUACUGCACACCUUACUAGGCAUGCCGACUAAUUUGCUGGGUGAAGUGGCAGUGAAGUGGUUUGAGGCUGUCCAAACCGGCCUUCCCAUGUGCUUCCUUGGGGCAGUCUUGGGACCUCUCCGUCUGUCUUCCAGUCGUCUUGGGCCCUUGGUGACGUCCCUGGGGCCGUGGGCUGUAAGGAAUGGACGCCAAGCCCGCUGUGUCCUCAGCAUCUUCUACGAGCGUCGCUGGGAGCAGAGCCUGGAGAACCUGAGACAGGAGCUCAACAUUGAGCCGCCCCCCCUUACUGUCAUGGCCACUAUCCAGAAGGCCCCAUCACAAUCAUAACACUGACCUCUAAUGUCAGAAUACACAUUGUUCAACCACAUUAAAUAGAACGCUUUGGGGUGAUGUCAUACAGCAAUUUCUGUAUUUUAAACCCUUCAUAUAAUUGUAUUGACAGGAAUACUUUGCAAGGAGAUUUUGGAAAUGUGAAGGAGGAUGAAUGUGGAAGGAUUAAGAUGUGUUACCUUGUUUAAAUCUGAAACACAAAUCAGGUCAAAGACUCAAUUUUAACUGAAAACUAAAACCUUGGUGUCUCUGGUAAAGCUUUAAAAAUGUGUCUCUGGAAAACGCUUUAUUAAAAAUGCUUUUUAAGAAUAUUA